UAAUACCCAACACACUGAUCUCUCUUCCUCUAAUCUAUCUUUCUCUCUCAAUCCCCCAAAUUCCCAUGAAGAAUCCGAACCCGAGUCCAAACCCGAAACCUUCUCUCCAUGUCGAGCGAUCCGAAUCCAAACCCACCGCCUCUGACCUCGACCUCCGCCGGCGGCAACGCAGACCCCGCCGCCGCAUCGUCUCCGACUCAUCCUUCUCCCUCCAGAGCCAAGCUCCGUAAGAUUCCUCCCAUUCCGAUUCGCCGGAGCCCCAGGCAUUUGGCCGAGGUCAACGAACAAAGCGACGAAGAGGGAGACGAUGAUGAAGAUGACGACGACGAUGAUUUUAGGGAACGCAGAGAGACCACGCCGAUCCUAUUGGCUGCGUCGCUAGGGCUCAAUCACAUACGGACUCGAUCGGCGCCGUCGCCGCUCCGGUUCUCUUCCUCCGCCGGCGAGCCUCUAAUUCCCGGUGAGGAAGCGAAUAAUAUGAACUACACGGUCAAGUCAAAGCCCCAACCAGUGAAAUAUGUGCACUCGAGUCAAUCAAAAUCGCUGAGAACUCCAUCGCCACUCAAUCCUGUGUUGGAGGGUGGUCAAGCUGGUCUUACAAAGGAAAUGCAGUCGCCUAGGUUUCAGGCAAUACUGCGAGUUACGAGUGGACGAAAGAAGAGAACACCUGACAUCAAGAGUUUCUCUCAUGAGCUAAAUUCCAAAGGGGUUAGACCAUUUCCGGUGUGGAAGUCCCGUGCAUUCGGGCAUAUGGAGGAGGUUUUGGUGGCGCUCAGGGCAAGAUUUGAGAGGUUGAAGGAUGAGGUUGAUGUUGAUUUGGGUGCAUUUGCGGGUGAUUUGGUGGGUAUUCUUGAAAAGUCUUCAGAGUCUCACCCUGAAUGGAAAGAGAAUUUUGAGGAUUUGCUAGUUAUUGCCCGGCAGUGUGCAAAGAUGUCUCCUAACGAAUUUUGGAUCAAGUGUGAAGGCAUUGUACAGAAGUUGGAUGACCGGCGUCAAGAGCUACCAAUGGGGGCCCUGAAACAAGCCCAUACUCGUCUUCUUUUUAUUCUUACUCGGUGCACACGGCUUGUGCAGUUCCACAAAGAGAGUGGUUAUGAGGAAGAGCACAUUCUUAGUCUUCACCAGCUCAGUGACCUUGGUGUUUAUCCAGAACAAAUUUUGGACGGUGCAGAACAGAAGUUUAGUGGUCCACUGAGUGGGAAAGAUGCAAACGAGAAGCCCAAGAAGUCUCGUGAGCAAGAAAUAGCUAGUGGAGCUGAUGGUGUGGACGUUAGCACUGCCAAGAGCGUUGAAUCUACUGGUAGCUAUAGGAUGUCAUCUUGGAAAAAACUUCCAUCGGCUGCUGAGAAAAAGCAGAAAGUACCUGAUUCUGUUGAUACACCAUCGAAGGACAAAUCAGAACGUUUGCAUGCCAAAGAAAAUCUGGAUACUCCAUCAUCCCAUCAUGAACACUCAGAGAUGUCCACAAGUGCACAAAGAGUAUCUUGGGUUUCAAUUGGGGAGCAGCAAAAUGUUACAUAUGAGAAUUUGAUGAUCUGUCGUAUAUGUGAGGUUGAAAUACCAACUGUCCACGUAGAGGAGCACUCUCGAAUAUGUACAAUUGCUGACAGAUGUGACUUGAAGGGCUUAACUGUGAAUGAAAGACUUGAAAGAGUUGCUGAAGCUCUUGAAAGGAUAAUGGAAUCUCGGACAACAAAAAAUGUUUAUACACAAGAGACAAGUUUUGAUGCUGCAAAAGUGUAUCCAUCAAGUAUCCAUGAAGAUUUUAUUGCCAAAAGAAAAAAAAGUAUCCAUGAAGAUUUAGAUGACUUAUCACCUAAACAAAAUGACUUGCCUCAAGACAUGGUUGAUUGUGUUCCUGAUGCUGACAAUUCUUUUGUCAUGGAAGAUCUUAAUAUUAUGCCUGACAUGUCAUGUGACGCACGUUCUGCUUUGACACCUGAACAAGGGACCAGAACCUCAUCAGCAGGUAGCUCCACUCCAAGAUCGCCACUUUUAACCCCUAGAACCACUCAUAUUGAAAUGCUGUUGAGUGGAAGGGGAACAAUACCAGAACUUGAGAAUUGUCAGCAGAUACACAAGCUACUGGAUAUUGCUCGUUCUGUUGCAAAUGUUAGCAAUUGUGAAUACAGUGCAUUGGAGUAUAUGCUUGACCGACUAGAAGACCUAAAAUAUGCUAUCCAGGACAGGAAGGUGGAUGCCCUUGUUGUAGAAACGUUUGGAAGACGUAUUGAAAAAUUAUUGCAGGAAAAAUAUGUACAUCUUUGCGGGCAGAUAGAAGAUGAGAAAUUGGAUUCAUCAAAUGGUAUGGCAGACGAAGAAAGUUCAGUGGAAGAUGAUACAGUUCGUAGUCUACGUACCAGCCCCAUCAAUCCGUCUUCUAAGGAUCGAACAUCUAUUGAAGAUUUUGAAAUAAUAAAACCAAUAAGCAGGGGUGCAUUUGGACGAGUUUUUCUUGCCAGAAAACGAGCGACUGGUGACUUAUUUGCUAUAAAGGUAUUAAAGAAGGCUGAUAUGAUUCGUAAGAAUGCAGUUGAAAGUAUUUUGGCAGAGCGUAACAUCCUUAUAUUGGUUCGCAAUCCUUUUGUGGUCCGAUUUUUCUAUUCCUUCACAUGCAGGGAAAAUCUUUAUCUGGUCAUGGAGUACUUAAAUGGUGGAGAUCUUUACUCUUUAUUGAGAAAUCUAGGCUGCUUAGAUGAAGAUAUGGCCCGUGUAUAUAUUGCAGAAGUUGUUCUUGCUUUGGAGUAUCUGCAUUCAUUAAAUGUUAUUCAUAGAGACUUGAAGCCAGACAACUUGUUGAUUGGUCAAGAUGGUCACAUCAAGUUGACAGAUUUUGGGCUCUCCAAGGUUGGUCUAAUCAGCAGCACUGAUGACUUAGCAGGUCCAUCUGUUGGUGAUACUGGUUUUGUUGGAGAUGAUGAACCAAAAAGUCAAUCUUCAUCUCAGAGGUCACAGCGUCAAAAACAUUCAGUUGUUGGCACCCCUGAUUAUUUGGCACCUGAAAUACUUCUUGGCAUGGGACAUAGUGCAACUGCUGAUUGGUGGUCUGUGGGUGUUAUACUUUUUGAGCUACUUGUUGGCAUUCCACCAUUCAAUGCAGAACAUCCACAGCAAAUUUUCAACAAUAUAAUAAACAGAGAUAUCCCCUGGCCUAAGGUACCUGAGGAGAUGAGCAACGAAGCAUAUGACUUAAUUGACCAAUUACUGACUGAAAACCCAGUUCAAAGACUUGGAGCAACAGGUGCUAGGGAGGUGAAGCAACACACUUUUUUCAAGGAUAUUAACUGGGAUACACUUGCAAGGCAGAAGGCUAUGUUCAUACCUUCAACAGAUGCACAUGAUACAAGUUAUUUCAUGAGCCGGUACAUAUGGAAUCCAGAAGAUGAGCAUGUUAAUGGAGGCAGCGACUUUGAUGACCUGACUGAAACAUGCAGCAGUACUGGUUCAUAUUAUCUAGAUGAAGACGGGGAUGAGUGUGGUAGUUUGGCGGACUUCAGUGCUCCAGCCCUUGAUGUGCAGUACUCAUUUAGUAAUUUCUCAUUUAAGAACUUGUCUCAGCUGGCUUCCAUCAAUUAUGAUCUUGUCGUGAAGACCAAGGAGUCACCAGAAGCCUCCAAGUCAUCUGUUCCAUGACAAUAGAAAUUCUGCUAUAAGCUUUUACCCCCUAUAGGCUCCAACCUAGUGCUCUCAGUAUCAGCUUACUAUCACCUGCAUGUCUUCAAAUAUAGUCUCUUGAAGAAAGUCUUUUGACUUGAAUGGUUCAGUAAGUGCCUCAUCCAUUCGGUGAAUAACAGUUGUUCUUCCUGAAGGCAAAGGUAGGCUGAUUUUGAAGCUAGUCUAGUUAGUGUCAUUCACUUAUUCGUUGCAUUUCAUUCCACUGCAAAUGAUCUUGUUUAGUUUUUUUCUUUUUUCUUUUUCUUUUCAGUCUUAACCGCGCGAGUUUCUUGUAUAUAUCGUUUCAGUAGAAGAAAAUUUUGUACCCUUGUUUUGUUUGUGAGCUCUUCAAAAUCGGCAGGUAGGCUAUCA